UGUGUGGACCUUGGACGUCUGUAAUGACCAAAUGUUUAAGUAACCCCGUUAAAUGAUAAAAUUUAUACAUUUUUUUUUAUACCAACGAUUCAGUAUUAUUGGUUACCAGGACAAUACAUUUAAAAAAAAACUACAAUGUACCUUUCUCCUUUAAAUAUUUGCUACACCAACGUCGAAAAUCAAUCCGAAGAUUUACUUACAGAGACAGAUUUAGAAAGAAAAGUUAAAAGUUACAAGGAUAAAGGACAGAUUCCAAAAUUACAAGUAUUUUAUAAAUGUGGACGUUAUUUUACGCUUAACAAUGCAGAACUCCGAGUGUGUCGAAAAUUACAAAAUGAUGGGUUUUGUCAUAGGAUCAAAGUAGAAAAAGUACCAGUCAAACGAAUUCCGAAAGGUAUUCUCGAUACAAUGGAGGUUCCAGAAACAGAUUGUCCUUUUACCAGGGAUACAACCAAAAGAUCAAAAACAGGCUAUCGACAGCUUACAGUGGCUAGUAUAUCAAAAGACCCUGAUGACAACGACAAAGGAGAACAAACAGACGAUAGUUUAUCCUCCUGUACUUUAGAUUCAUCAGACGACGGAGUUUCAGAAGACGACAAACAAGAUGAACAGGACACGGAUGAUUGGGUUAGUUCUAGUGACCAUAGCACGGAGUCGGAGGUCGAAGAAGAAGAAGAAAGUUUUCUGUAAUUUGAAAUAGGCACGUGAAUUUCAUUGAUCAGCAUAAGUUUACCUUGUGUUCCUAGAUCUGCAGAAUGUAAUUCGUAUACAGUUCUGACAAACAGAUACAAAUCAAUAUGACAUAUUUUCUUAACCAGACAAUUUCUUUAAUUGCAGUCAUCUUUGUAACGCCACAUAUUCGUCAGUAUUAGUCUUUGCUUCUUAACUAUGCAAGCUUUUUGACAAAACUUAUGCGCAGAAAGAUAUAAGAUUUGACAAAUACUAAAUAAAUACUCCACAUUAUGAAAACAAAUGUGGGACUGAAUUUUUAGCAUGAAAAACUUCAAUUAAGGCACUGCUUCUUUAUUUUUGUUUUUGUUUGUUAAGUGCAUGUAGCAAUUUUUUCAUGAAUUAAAACACCAUGUUCUUCUUUUUCGUAAGAAUUAUAUUUUAAAUUUUUAUUUAUUGGUAACUAGGAAAUAAUAUCAAAAAUUGUAAUUGUAAGUGGUUUCAGGUAAAUCUGUUCUUAAUCUAGGUAAGACAUAACAAAUUUUUGAAUUUGAAAGUUUUGUAUAUUACCUUCCAGGUGCGACUCGAUUAUGACUGACAAUGAAACAAUCUUCACUCCGCUUAUAUAAUUGUUUUUCGUAGCAAAUAUGACUGCAGCAAAGGUAAAAGGAGCAACGACACAAAGGCCGUGUAGCCAAAUUAAACAAGAGUGAUAAAAUAUAACACAGUUUCGAUAAAUAUUAUAGAUGUUAAAAUUAUUGCUUGUUUACAAACAAUGUUGCAUAAGAUAUUUUUUGUUAAAAGAAAUACAUGGCCCAUGUUAUUCAAGGCAGUAAUUUUUACAAAUAUUAGUACAUCAUUCAAGUGCAUUUUCAGUUUUCUGUGACAACGGUUCAACUAGUAUGAAAAUGUUAGGUAGCUAAACUAAUCUUGUGGCAUCUAAGAACCUAGUCCAAUUUCAAUUUUAUGGGUAAAAUUAGCAUUGGAAGACUUGAACAUGUUCAAGAGAUGUGGGUAGUCUUGAUUAUUAAUACAUUUAUUUGUUAUAUGUUAAGAAAAAUAAAAUAAUGUUGAAUACUUA